CAUUUGCGACCGGCGGCGGCGGCGGCGGCGGCGGCGGAGCAGCCCAGGCCGGUCCCCUGCGCCCAGCCCCGCCGCGCCCGGCAGCCCCGAGCGCGCCCCGCCGGCGGCCUGCCGAGCUCGCGCAUCACAGCCAGGUCCCCUUACUGCCCCGUAGAGAGGGAAGAUGAGCGAGUCCAGCUCAAAGUCCAGCCAGCCUCUGGCCUCCAAGCAGGAGAAGGACGGGACGGAGAAGCGGGGCCGGGGCAGGCCGCGCAAGCAGCCUCCGGUGAGUCCUGGGACGGCGCUGGUAGGGAGUCAGAAGGAGCCCAGUGAAGUGCCAACACCGAAGAGACCUCGGGGCCGACCGAAGGGAAGCAAAAACAAGGGGGCCGCCAAGACUCGGAAAACUACCACAGCUCCAGGGAGGAAACCACGGGGCAGACCCAAGAAACUGGAGAAGGAGGAAGAGGGGGGCAUCUCCCAGGAGUCCUCGGAGGAGGAGCAGUGACCACGCACAGUGCCGCCUGCUCCUUGGCCACCAGAGGAGCAGCCUUCCCCCGGGACUGGAAGCCCCGCUUCCAGGCCCCCCCCCCGCCCCCCACUGCACACUACCGCACCAGCUGCAGGCUCUGCGGCCCCCCGGGAGCAGGAUUUGGCUCAGUCCCUGUGCCCUCCUCCCCAGCACACCUGCCCUCUCCCGACAAGGCUAACUUCCCAUUUAGCCGCAGCCCGUCCUGCUGCGCAUCUCCCUUGGAGACACGGCUCUCUAGGCUGUCUUGCAGGUCCCUUCCGCUCCGCUCUUCCUGGCUUCCUUGUAGAGGGUCCCAGGAGCAUUCCCCGGCCUCAAAGGGCCCCAGCCCCCGGUCCCGCUUCUGACAAGCCCCACUGGCUGACCUGGCUGCAGUAGGUGCGGUUGGUGCAGGGAUGCUUGGAUCCCAGCAUGCCCCACCGAACUGUCGCAGGUGGGGUUCUCAGUCGCUUCUGCUCCACCUGACCCAGACCCUGCACUAGGUUGGCUAAAGCCCCUUGAACUACAGGAAGUAGGGCACGAUGGCCCCACCCACCUUGUUCUCCCCUGGGACCCAAUGCAGUGACAUGGGAGUCCCCACCCACCUCCAGGGUGGGGUCCUAUUCUCUGGCACCCACUUAAGGCAGAUGGGGCGCUAACUCACCUCCCCCACCCCCACUCUAGGCUGCUUCCCUUCCUCCAGUAGGGCACUAAGGAGCCAGCCUUGCCUCCCCCCCGCUCCUCCCUGCCCCCCAAGGUUCUGGUUCCAUCUUUUCCUCUGUUCACAAACUACCUCUGGACAGCUGUGUUGUUUUUUUUGGUUCAAUGUUCAUUCUUAGACACCCACCAUUGCUGCUGCUACCAGCACCAAAAGUUCAUCCUCCCAUUCUGCCUGCAUUCUCCCCAAGACACUCUAGGGGAAAGGGGGGCUGGGGCGCAGCAGGCCGGUUACCAACCACCCCACACCAGGGACAAUGGGGCCCUGCUGCCCCUUGGAUGCUGCAGCUGAGUGAGGAGGGGGCCCAUUUUGAUGGGAAAAGGGUGUAGGCCCGCCUUCUCCCCUUGUUCUGUGGGGGAGGGGUGGCCAGUGUUUGUCCCGGCCUGGGGCUCCCCUCUGGGUUUCCUAUUUGCAGUUACUUGAAUAAAAAAAUAGCCUUUUCUGGA